AUGGAUAAUGCAAAUUCCUUGUCAACACCUAUGACUGGAGGAGAAAAACUGUGUACAUAUGACAGUGACCCCAUUGUUGACCCUAUGCAAUAUAGAAGCAUUGUUAGAGCAUUGCAAUAUGCUAUGAUAACUAGGUCAGAAAUUGCAUAUGUUGUGAACAAGGUCUCUCAGUAUAUGUAUAAUCCUCUCGAGUCUCAUUUAAAGGUGGUGAAAAAGAUACUUCGGUAUCUAAAAGGGACUUUUGACUAUGGCCUCCUAUUAAAACCCUAUCCUGCAUUGACUCUCACAGGGUUUUGUGAUGCAGAUUGGGCCUCAGAUCUUGAUGAUAGGAGGUCCACAUCUAGUUUUUGCAUCUACUUAGGCUCAAAUGUGAUAUCUUUGAGUUCUAAGAAACAAAAAAUAGUAUCAAGAUCUAGCACAGAGGCUGAAUAUCGAAGCCUUGCCAAUGCCACUACCGAGGUUGUUUAG